GUCAACAAAAACUCUACGAUCCACUUUACAUUAGCCAAAUGGUGCACAGAGCACGUCAACUUCAUGACACUAAAUGCCAACCUCUCUGAACGUUUCACAAUUCUACUUAUCAUCUUUCUUGGAGCUCUCAUCUUUUUUUCCGCGCAGAUAAACUUUCAUGUGUAUAUACUUUGCAUUGUUCUUUUUCCUGGUUUUAAGGUAACAAUUAACAAACACUAUAAGUGUAUGUCUUCUCAUUGUUUUUCUCUCUUCAUGUGUUGAUUGUAGAAAUGAAAUCCAUGGGAUUUGACGAUAAUAAAUACCGGAAUCACAGUGAUAAUGUUGGUUGUUGCUACCCAUUUUCUGCAUUUUAUAGAAAUAACCGCGUGAUCGUUUCAAUUUUGGUUGGCUCUAGUGUUUUUGGUGUGGUGUAUUGCUUUUAUUUCCCUAGUGUUACCCUGUUUUCGCCUGUUCUGGACUCUGGAACUGGCUUUCUGUUAAACAAAGCCCUGCCACCGGAGGCUAUAUUGCCAGAAUUGGAAGAUUUUCCGCCUUUUAAUGAGAGCCGAGCAAGCUCAGCUGAAACGGUGAAUUCUCAGAAUGGAAAAUGUGAUAUUUUUACGGGAGAAUGGGUUCCAGAUCAGAGUGGUCCGUUUUACACUAACCACAGCUGCCACUCCAUUGAAGCGCAUCAAAAUUGUAUGAAAAAUGGGAGGCCUGAUUCAGGCUAUAUUUACUGGAGGUGGACUCCAAAACACUGUGAAUUGCCCAAGUUUAACCCGGAAAGAUUUCUCCAGUUGAUGAGAAAUAAAGUGAUGGCUUUUAUUGGUGAUUCAAUCUCGCGUAAUCAUGUCCAGUCAUUACUUUGUACUCUCUCCCAGGUGCAAGAAGCUGUGGAUGUGUAUCACGAUGAGAAAUAUGCAUCCAGAAGAUGGUAUUUCCCCUCAUACAACUUCACUCUUUCAGUAAUUUGGUCUCCUUUCCUUAUAAAAGCUGAUAUCUUUGAAAACAUAGAUGGAGUUGCAUCUGAUAUACCUAAGCUAAAUCUUGACAAACUUGAUCCUGAAUGGAUUAAAGAUUACAAAGAAUUUGAUUACAUAGAGAUUGGUGGUGGAAAAUGGUAUCUCAAAACGGCAAUAUACUAUGAGAACAACACAGUCGUAGGGUGCCAUAAUUGCCCUCAUGAGAAUAUAACAAAAGUAGGAUUUCAGUAUGCAUAUAGGAAAGCAAUAAACUUAGCCUUGGAGUUCAUCACUAGUUCUGAGAACAAGGCUUACACAUUCUUCCGAACCUCCACGCCUGAUCACUUUGAGAAUGGAGAGUGGAACACUGGUGGAUAUUGUAACAGGACUGUGCCAUUCAAAGAAGGCGAUACUGAUUUGAUUGAUGUGGACAGAACAAUGCACGACAUUGAGUUGGAGGAGUUUCAAAAGGCAGACAACGGGUUGAAUCUGAGACUAUUUGACACAACCCACCUUUCAUUGUUAAGGCCGGACGGGCAUCCAGGACCCUACAGGACAUAUCAACCAUUUUCAAUAGACAAGAAUGCAAAGGUUCAGCUGGAUUGCUUGCAUUGGUGCUUGCCAGGGCCGAUAGACUCUUGGAAUGAUUUAAUGAUGCAAAUGUUGAUGGAUGAAUGAAGUGUUGAUCUAGAGCUUCCUUUUGUUGCCUCUUGAAAUCAUACAUGCUUAAUUACAAGCUGGUUUGUAUGUUGAUGAAUAUAUAACAAGUGCAUGUUACUUUUAAGAAACAAGUGCUUCAUUUU